AUGACCAUGACAUUUCAAUCAAAGUCAAACAAGCAUGGCUUUGGUGAGCUAUGGCCAUUGAAGACGUGGAUUGUCUGCCUGCCUGGCAAGAUAACGGCAAGUCCAAUGGUUGGUAGGAAUGCGAAUAUCGAAAGCUCGUCAAGCAGAGGAAAGGUUUUGCGUAGCGUACCCGGUAGGAAGGACGAGGCACGCAGCCGAGGGAGUCACACGAUUGGAGGAGAUGUUCCUUUGACAGAUAGAUGUCUUCGCCGUUUCGGACGUUGUUGGUCUGCAGAUGAAUGGCAUUCAGAGGGCGCCGGCAUGAUGAGCUUCAAUGUCACCCAAUAUACACUGGUAGAUAAAAGUGAGGACAGAUCGCAUUCCUUGGGUUGUAUGCACGGCGCCCGGCCCUCGAGAUCCAUGAGGUUCGAGACUGGCGGGCCGCACUCAUGGACGUCGACCCAAGGUCUGUUGCCAGCUGUUUCUGACUCAACCCAUCACCUCCCUCCAGCUUCUCUUCUCCCAGUCGCUGUUCUCGACGCCGACUUCGCGCGCACCAGCAUCCGCAGCCAGCCAGUGACGUCUAGCAGCCUCCUCUCAGCCACCAAAAUCAAGAAAACACCCCGUACUCGACCAUCCCAACAACAACCACUCCACCACCACUCGACAAGGAGAGCGGACAAAAUGUACAGAUCACCAUCCCAAUACAGCACCCGCUCCAACACUGGUGUGACAGGUGGCUCCGCAGCCGCCGCGGCCGCGCGGGCGAUGAGUCGCUCAUCCUCCACCUCGACCAACCUCGCCGCUUCCGCUGCCGGAGCCGCGCUGAAACGAUCGAUGUCGUCUGCUUCGGUCAGUGUCGCCCAGCAGAGACCGGGGAGUGCGGCGAGUGGGUUACAGAGGCAGGGAUCGACGUAUUCGGCGUAUACUACGACGGGAGCGGGGACGUACGCGCCUGUUGCUGGACGACCGCAGAGUGUUGCGAGUCAGCAGAUGGGGACGGCGUUGAGGCCGACUGGGUCGAGGAGGAUUGCGGCUGCGGCGGCUGGAAAUGCGACGAAUCCGGCGCAAAUUCCACGACAUGCGUAUCAGCAACAGCCUCAGCAGCAGGUCGCGGCUCUACCUUUGACCACGACUUCGAACGCGAGGCAGCAAAUGUACGGCGGGGCACCCAUUACAAAUGUCCAACGACCAUCGAGCUCCAGCGGCGUGGCACCACAAGUCCAGCAAAGAUUGUUGAAGUCAGCCCAGUCACCCCCGGUGAUGUCCUCCGCCUCCUCCACCUACUCCCUCGAAUCAAUCUCCGAGGCACCACACCCCUCUUCUCACAUCACUCCCGCCUCCAAACGCCAAUCCCUCCCAGUCCCCGUUAAAUCCGCCUUGAAACCCUCCUCCGAGGUCUCCUCCGUCGUCUCUGAUGCUUCGGAUAUCGGAGAUGCGCAGUCAAGGCGGGCGAGGAAGGCUAGGGUGUCGUUCUCUGAUGACGUGAGUGAGACGCCUUCUCAGCCCCAAUCUCAAUCGACUUGGGCACGCGUCACCCAAGAGCAGCAGGUGGCACGAGGGCCGGAACAGGUUCCGGGUGGAACGGCACUUGCUCAAGUCAUGUCCCGUGCACAAGAAGGACAUGGGUACGACCUCCCGGACGCCAUCCCGGUCGGUGGGGCUCCACAAAUCACGACGACUGCUCCCACUCCGAGAAUUGAGCAAGGGCCGUAUAUCACGACUACUUCUGCUACGGCCUCGGGUGCUGUGUCUAGAUCUGGGUCUGGCUCUCCAUCGGCUGUUCCUGAGGAUGUGAUAGCGUCGGCGAGUGUGGUUAGUGGGAGUGGAUUACCGCAAAUUAAGGAGAUUUUGACGCCUUCGGAAGAGGUUACGAGGGAGUUGGGUGAUGCUGUCGAUGCGCAUGCCCUCAUCUCAUCCGAGCUCGCUGACGCAAAAUACGAUGAGGGUAUGGAAAGCGAUGCCACGGGUGAGUCGAUCUACUCCGACGCCGAGGAGAAUCUCCCAGCUUUCUCGGGGUUGGAUGGAGUGUUGAACCAAAUCCCGGAAGAAGGCGCCUCACGACGUCAACCCGCGGCAACGAUGGAGUAUGUCCCGCCCCCACCCGUCCAAUACAGUCAUGGGAAGUGGAGUGGAGGCGGGUAUGGAAGCGAGGAUGAGGAGAGCGAGUUUGAUGAGACGGCGAGUGUGUCCUCGUUUAGACGGAGAGUGCCGCCGACGAAUUCUUCUGCUACUGGGUUUAGGACGACGAUGAGGAGUGCUUCUGGGGGGGUUGAGCAAGUGGAGAGUCCGAGGAUUGAGGGCAUGGUGUCUCAUCCUCAGCCGGUGAGAGGGGGUGCAGGAGCAGGGUAUGUGGGGAGUGAGGGCGGUGCGGGUGCGUACAACUACGCCCCCUCCAUCGACUCCACUACACCAGCGAGGUUCGGUGGUGGACGAUACGCAGCCUCUAUCGAUGAGGCGGGCGUCACGUACCGUCCUGGCCGUAUCUUUGGGUCUGAGGCGGGAAGCGAGUAUGGUGAUGAUUCUGGUUUGGGUAACUCCUUCCACGCCGCUGGCCCCGGAGAAGGAGGCGUGGUCGAGUGGGGCCUGAAACGCCAGGAUAGUGAUUCGAGUUUCAAGAGGGUGAAGGAGGAUGAGGGGGAGAGAAUGGUCGGUAUGUCGCAGCGGAACUUGCGGUCUCCGCCUAUUGAGGUACAGCAGCAACCGCAGAGGAUGAGGAUGAGUAUGAGGGAUGCGCCGAGAGGGGGAGAGGAGAGGAGGGGGAUGAGGACGAGUAUGCGCGAGAGUGGGGCUGGGAGUGGUGGCGCGGCACCGAGGAGUGCGAGUAGGGCGAGUGAGAGGAGUCAUCAGAUGGCUGCUCCUUCUCUCCGUGAUGCGCCGGUUACUCCUAAGCGGUCCUCUAUGGCUGAACGCUCUCUGAGAAGUGGUGGAGGGGCGCAAAGGACGAUGCCACGAAGCCAGAGUUAUAUCGAACCCCAACGUACCGGAGGUUCGGUCGCGACGGGUGUUUCGGGAUUGCAGAGGGAGAGCUCGUUUAAGAGGAAUAAGAGUAAGGACAAAGCGAUGUCUCUUCGCUCCUUUAACCCUCGGCCUGAAACCCAAGCCCCAUUACCGCCGGCACCGAGUACGGGACGGACGACGCUCGUCGAUAGGGACUCGAGGGUCUCAGGCAGCGAGGGCUACGGAGGGGUUCAGGGGACGGGAAGACCGAGAAAGGAGAGUUUUAGUGCGAAGUGGAUGAAGCACUCUGGACUUGCGCAGAUGAAGGCUUCGAAAUCGUCACGGAAUCUUGACUCUUAUUCGGCUGGGGUGCACGAUAGGAGUUUUAGUGAUGGGGCUGCUGGGGAGUUUGGUGGGAGGAGGCAAGCACAAGCACCAGGGAGUAGGGUACCGGUGCAGAGACCGGGAAUGGGGGAGAGGCGGGUUAGUGUGAGUACUAAGACGGGGAAGCCGAAGAAGUUCCAGGUUUUGAGGAGGUUGUUUAGGAUUAAGGAUUAG